CCCUGUGGCUGGCGUUUCAGGCAUUACCUGUUUAAAGUACCUGGAACACCGACUCGUAACCUGUCAGUUGGUGUCAAACCGUGGUGCUGAGCUUCUCCUUUUCAAAUGGCAAAGCUAAAAGUAGGGAUUUUUUCUUUGUUGCUGGUGAUUUUACUCAGCAUAUUUUUUGUGGUUCUAUACCAGGAGGAAUUACCAGUAAACAGCUUGGCAUACCUCUCAGGACAUGGGAGAUUCAGAGGAAAGAACAUGUUGUUUGAAAUUGUUGAAUUUUGGCACAACAAAAGAGAGUCGUCUACAUCGCCACAGAAUACAAAAACAGACGUAACGAGUGGAAGGGACUUUGUGACGAAGCCUAAAAGUUCUCCUGAAGACACCCCUAUUCCCAUGUUGUCUCUAAAAGCUUUCCAAAGGCUCCCGCAGUGGGACUUUGAUGAUAUAUAUAACCAGGAUUCUCCACCUAAACCCAAUACAUGUCCUCAGUCUCUGCGUAAAUCCAAGGAUGAGGUCUUCCAGAAAGCUUUUCUUCCAAACAUACGCCUGUUUAUGCACAGAUACAACUUCAACAUGAAAGAGUGGAACCGGCUUUCACAUUUUAACAACCCGUUUGGUUUUAUGCAAAUGAAAUACGACGAAGUUUGGUCAGCGGUGAAGCUGAUUCCAAAGCCAAUACAACCACUUUUGCUUCCUAAACCGGGCGGUGAUGGAUGUGUGCACUGUGCUGUGGUGGGAUCUGGAGGAAUCCUCUACGGCUCAAAAAUGGGAGCAGAAAUUGACGCUCAUGAUUAUGUUUUCCGGAUGAACGCAGCAGUGAUCAAGGGUUAUGAGGAAGAUGUAGGAAACAAGACCUCAGUAUAUGUUCAUACAUCCUUCUCAAUCACACAAUCACCUAUUAUCUUCAGCCCAUAUGGAUACAGGUCUGCUCCACAUGAUGAGGGAAUAAAGUAUGUCCUGAUUCCUGAGGGUUUGAGGGACUUCCAUUGGCUCAAGGCUCUUAUUAAAGGAGAAAAAAUCUCUGAUAGUGAUUUUCAAAACGAAAAUCCCAGAGCUUACUACUCAGGACAAUACAACAUGAGUCGCUUCUAUGUCCUGCACCAGGAUUUCAUGAGAUAUGUACGGAACAGGUUUUUAAAAUCAGGUUAUCUGAAUGACGACAUCUGGUCGAUUGUGCGACCAACCAAUGGGGCAUUCACCCUCUUCUUGGCUCUGCACACUUGUGACACAGUGAGUGCCUACGGAUUCAUGACAGACAACUACGCUCAAUUCUCCAACUACUAUGCUGAAAAGCAAAGUAAAAGUGAAGUCAUUUUCUAUGCCAACCAUGAUCUCAUUCAGGAGAAGAACUUGUGGAAGAGUUUCCAUGAUAAAAAGAUAAUAAAGCUGUAUCAAAGAACAGAAGGAUGAUGGACUAAGAAGAAUAGCUAACACAGAGAGAAUAGAGUCAACAUGUUUACGUCUCUUUUUCAAAAACCAGAAUUGUCAUCUGCAAAAUGAACCUGUUAGGAAUAUCUCCUUUUAACAAAUUUUGAAAUGCACUAUUUUAAUUCAUAUAUUUUUGCUGUGAAUCAAAAUGUGAAUGGGGGGAUUUCUGGAUGUCGUAAAGUGCUUUGGAGUCCUUGUGAUUGAUGAAGCGCUUCAGAAGGAACAUUUACCAUUUAUCAAAGAUAAUCGUCAUUUAGUGAAAUAUUUACUGUUGCAAAUCAGUUAUGUACAUCCACUGCAACUUCAGUUAAGUUUUCUGUCAGAAUUUCUUCAUCAGCACAGGGAUUCUUUAAAAUAUUUUCCAUAUUUCUUUAAAUCCACAACUUUUAGGACAUUCGAAGCAACAUUAACUUGUUUAAUUAACUACAGCUAGUUUGGGAAACAAGCAUGGAGACAAGGUCAGUACGAGAAACCAGUUUUUACACAAAUGAUGUGAUUCGCUCUUUAUUUUUUUUAGGUUUUAUGAAGGUUUUCUGUGAAGAAAAUGCGUUUUAAAAAAUGCAGGUCAUUUAAAAAAUAUUCAUACAUUUAAAAAAUGUUUUUAUUAGUUCUGUGUGUACAGAAAAUCUACGGUUAAAUGCACGGAGGAUUGUUGUUGAGCAACAUUUUUAUAAUAAUUUCAAGAGUUCGUAACAUGAAGAAGAUGUUUGUUAAAAAUGUAUUCUUGGGACAGGGAAGGGAAAAAAUAAUGUGUUUUAAGCUUCCACUGAAAAUGUGUGAAUAUUAAUGUAUUUAAAUUAAAAUAUAUUAAAAAAACAUAUGAAAUGUGUUUUAAAAUGU